AUGGGGAAGAAAAACUCCAAACUAAAACAAGACACCAUCGAUCGCCUGACGACAGCAACCUACUUUACAGAGAAAGAAAUACGGCAAUGGCAUAAAGGAUUUUUGAAGGACUGUCCGAACGGGCUACUAACAGAGCAGGGUUUCAUCAAAAUAUACAAACAAUUCUUCCCCCAGGGUGACCCCAGCAAAUUCGCCUCGCUUGUGUUCAGAGUUUUCGAUGAAAACAACGAUGGUUCCAUAGAAUUCGAAGAGUUCAUCAGAGCACUCUCCAUCACAUCGAGGGGUAACCUGGACGAGAAGCUGCAUUGGGCAUUCCGGCUGUACGACGUCGACAAUGAUGGUUUCAUAACGCGAGACGAGAUGUACAACAUUGUCGACGCGAUCUACCAGAUGGUGGUAAGUGUCCCGUGGCUGCCGCAAACCGAGGACGAAAACACCCCCCAAAAGCGGGUGGACAAGAUCUUCGAUCAGAUGGACAAAAACCACGACGACCGGCUGACGCUGGAGGAGUUCCGUGAAGGUAGCAAGGCGGACCCGAGGAUCGUACAGGCGCUCAGUUUAGGUGGCGAUUAACCGAACGAUGAACCGCGGGAUGACGAGCAACCCCCGCAGCGAUCGUACUGCUACGACGCGAAGCACAACAUCGAGAUCAACCGCAGCAACGCGUUAUUCGUCCUUAUUUGAGCCUGGGUGUGGUUAUGUUUGCUUGUGACGUGCGCGAGCUCGCUUUUCGUUUCGAGCCAUUUUU